AUGCAACAAGUGAAAGCUGGAAUAAAUAAACCUGUCUCUCUCCCCGCAGUUCCUCCGGAGCUCACCGUCCCCAGGGGGCGCUCUCACCUCAUCGCUCAGGAGGGCGACACUGUGGACCUGCAGUGUCUGGUCUCAGGGAAACCCAAACCCAUCAUCCUGUGGUCCCGGGUGGAGGAGAGCGGGGGGGCGGCGGCGGUGGCGGCGGCGGCUCUGAUGCCGGACGGCUCGGCUGAGACGGAGAGCUACGACGGCGUCCUGAGGAUCAGCAACGUGACGAGAGAGAUGAGCGGGACGUACCGCUGCCAGACGAGCCAAUACAACGGCUUCAACGUGAAACCCAGGGAGGCGCUGAUCCAGCUGGUGGUGCAGUCGGAUGCAGCCUCGGGAACAAAAGCUGAACCAGACAGACGUUCAGUGAAAUUGAAAACGGGGCUUAACAAAGACUCUUUUUUUUUACUGCUAACACUUGUUUACUUUCUACAAACAUUUUAAAUGCAUGUUUUCACUCCGGUCUUCUUUAAAUCGUCUCUUCUCUGCACGUCCUGCGGCGUGUUUGCUGUUUUCACUGUGCAGCAACACUAAGCAGAUUAAAGUGAGCGGUGAGUACAGGUGGAUUAUUUUGAAAUAAGUGAAACAAAAUUCAAGUCACACACGACACAGAUUGAACUUCCAACUGUACUGAAGCAAAGAA